UUUGACUAAUACACAUUUCUUAAGUGUUCUUUAGAUGCAUAUUCAAGCCAAUUUGCUGCCAUGGCUUUGCCUGAUUCUCAGUGAUCUUUUGCCAGUGGCAUGGACCCGUUCAAUGACCGUCUCGCUUAACAUGUCGAUGACCCGAACCCUGGUCCCAGAUCCACCAAAUGGGACAGAGACCAAGCUCAGCCAGGAUAUGCUGAGGUCCUGUAUGCGAAAGACUGAGAUCUCGAUGUCGCAGCUGAAGCUCUUCCACAUGAGCCUGCUGAACAGUGACUACAACAACGAGAACGAUGUGGCUCCAUCGCCAGUGCAAUCCAUCGGCGAUGUCAAUAACCUGGGCGAUCUGGACUUCAAUGGCAACUCGCAGAUGCCGUUUCUCGAUUUGAAGAACAAUGAGCCCCUGCAGUGUUUCGUGAGUUGCCUGUACGAGACCCUGGAUCUGGACAGAUACAAUGUCCUGCUGGAGGAGGCCUUUAAGACCCAGGUGCAGACGAUCAUCCAGCACGAGAAGGCCGAGAUAAAGGAGUGUAGUGACCUGCAGGGCAAGACUCGGUGCGAGGCGGCCUACAAGUUGCACUUGUGCUACAAUCACCUAAAGACCCUGGAGGCGGAGCAGCGCAUCCGGGAGAUUCUCGAGAAGACGGAGGCGGAGAGCGAGGGACUUGGUCCGGAUGGCACCGACUUCAUCGACGGCAUCCAGCACUCCGGCGAAGCGGUGACCACCACCAAAUCGGAGUAGCUAACUAUAUAUACUUGUUAACCAUUUCUUAUUGGUGUCUGCUUUAACAAAAACACAGUAAUUAAACGAAUGUGUGUGUAAAAAAAUA